GAAUUGAGAGCGAAUAUUUUUGCGCUUAAAAUUCUAAGUAAAUAAACAUUAAAGAAAUGAAGAAUAUUGAAAAUAUCAGGAAGUUCCUAAAGGAGAGAUUACAACAAGACACUACAACACUAUAUGGGUAUGAAAAUGAACGAAAUCAGGUUAUAGAUUUGUUAGCAAGAGCAGCUAACGGCGAAAGCAAUUCAGCUCUCUUAGUUGGACCAAGGAAAUGUGGGAAAACUACGCUUGUGAACUCUGCAAUCCUAAGAUUGCUGCAGAGAGAAAGUUUCGUCACCAACACUUCUAUAAUUUCAUUAAAUGGUCUUGUCCACAUUGAUGAUCGUUCAGCUCUCAAAUCCAUCACAUCACAAAUGAAUCUGAACAGGGAAGUGGAAGGAAAAGUUUUUAAUUCAUUUUCUGAAAACCUUUCGUUUCUUUUAUCUUGUCUUAAAAAAGGCGCUAAAAAUCAAGGAUUAAUUUUCAUAAUUGAAGAAUUCGAUUUAUUUUGCGCUCAUCACAAUCAAACACUUCUUUAUAAUUUAUUUGAUGUUGCACAAUCAGCUCAAACUCCAAUUUGUGUCCUUGGACUGACACAACGUCUCGAUGUGAUGGAAUUGCUUGAGAAACGUGUAAAGUCGAGAUUUUCUCAUCGUCAGAUAUUUUUACUUCAAGAAAACAACUUUAAUGAUUAUCUUGAGAUCUUUAAAAAGCUCUUGAAACUUCCAAAACCAUAUGAGUUUGAUGAAUGGAAAAGCCAAAAGAUGUCAUUGGAAUUUAGUGAAACAAAUGUCACGAAACUUCCGUUUUUAAGAAGAAUUUUUGAUCCAACAUCUUUCAAUUUCCACAAGAAUUCGAUAACUGAAUGGAACAAAUCCAUCAAAAAACUUUGUGGAGACGAGAAAAUGGUGAAAAGCUUGGAAAGUUUCUUUCAUUUCGAUUCCUCAAUAGCAUCUCUGAAACUUCUCAUGUUUCAAUUCAUUUCCAAACUUUCAAUUUGCAAUUACGAGAAACUUAGAUCUUCUGAUUUGAUAAAACUCAUUGAACGCGUCAAGGAAGAUGAUAAAGUUACGUUAAUAACAGGACUUUCAGUUCUUGAAGUUUGUCUACUUAUCGCCAUCAAACAUCAUUGUGACAUUUACGACAAUGAUCCAUUCAACUUCGAAAUUAUUUUUACACGCUUUGAUAAAUUCUCAGUUAAAAGCACGUCGAUGCAAAAUAUUUCCCGUGAAACAAUUCUACGAUGUUUUGAGAACCUUCGUCAUCUCGAACUCAUUGCUCCAGUUGGAAUCGAAGGAAAAGUUCAGAAAGAAUAUCAAAUGUACAAAUCACUUAUUUUUGCUUCACAAAUCGAUGAUGCUGUUCAUAAGUAUCAAAAUCUUCCAACAGAAGUUGAACAGUGGGCGAAAAGUUCUUUAAUUUAAAUGAUUCUUGUUGCUUAUUUAACGAAUAAAUCAUUUAAGACUGAACAUGAAUUGUUAAUGGAAAAUAUUUCUGUAGAUAUCUGAAACAAUAAAGGAAUUAAAUAAAAUUGAUUGAAAUAUUCGAUCACAACCUGCAAGUUCAAAUGUCAC